UUUGAAUGCAGACAACAACGAGACAACAACAAGCAAGCAAGCUCGAAUUCUAUGUCACUACAUUCCAAUAUCGAUCCUCACCAUGAGCACAACGACUACCGUCCUACCACCUCAACCGGUCCUCUUCCCUUCGCUGGCUGGUCUGGAUAGAGCCAUUGCUAUGAUCAUCGUCUCAGAGAUCGGAGACAAAACUUUCCUACUCGCUGCCUUACUAGCGAUGCAGCACCCACGACUGAUCGUCUUCACCGGUGCAUUCCUAGCCCUCCUGGUCAUGUCGGUCCUCUCGGCUGGAUUGGGACACGUCUUGCCCACACUGAUCUCACGUCGGUAUACCGUCCUGGCUGCAUCGGCACUCUUUCUAGUCUUUGGUCUCAAGAUGGUUCGGGAAGGGAUGGAGAUGGAGGGCGGGACGGGAAAGGUGCAGGAGGAGAUCGAAGAAUUGGAACACGAGAUUAGGGAGAAGGGCGAGGAUCUCGAACCAGAACAUACUCGACUGGAGGAAGCACGUCCUACGGCUCGUUCACGCCAGCUCACCGGAAAUAAGGCUUCCUUCAAACGAUCUCGCUCGCAAGAGAAACAGAAUGGACUCAAGAACCUCGUCUAUCUACUCAUCUCACCCGUCCUCAUCCAAACCUUCAUCAUGACUUUCCUAGCCGAAUGGGGAGAUCGUAGUCAAAUCUCAACGAUCGCCUUAGCUGCUGCUCAUAAUGUUUACAUCGUCUCACUGGGAACUGUUCUUGGUCAUGCAAUCUGUACAUUCUUCGCCGUCAUGGGAGGUCGAUGGUUAGCUACAAAAAUCUCAGUAAAAUACGUCACUCUGGGGGGAGCAAUCUUAUUCUUGAUCUUCGGUCUCCUGUAUCUCUACGAAGGCUUGACAUGGCAAGAGAUCGUAAUCGAAGAUGGGCUCGGACUCUCGGAUGAUUUGGCUGGACAAGCACGUAAGAUCGCUAUGGGAAUCCCUCCGAUCGUCAAGGUAGAAGGUUAAUCAAAACUCGACAGAGUAUUCGUUGUUACCUAAUUUUAUCCAAUUUCUCUCAUGUGUUGUUAUUUUUUCCCCCCUGUCCUCCCUAUAUUCUUGUUUCUUUUGUUUUGUCGGAAAAGAUAUUAAUACGAAAGUAUAAGAUAAAAUUUAUAGAAUCAUCCACACAUCUUUAUCCCCAAGUUCAGUUCCUUUUGACGUCUUUUUUUCAUCUCCUUCCUUUUGUCAAAGGGGGAAGAAAACCUUAACUUGUGUGUGAACCAUCAGAAGAUUUUACAGAUGUAAAUAAUUCCCUUUCAGAUCAAUCUCUUAUUAGAAUGCAGAUUGCUGUACGGUUUCUUCGUAGUACUACUGAAACAUAGAAGUGAU